ACGGCGCUGUGUUUAGUUAGUAGCACUAAUGGUUAUCUCUGCUGGAGAAGCACGCAACAACAUACUGGGUUUAAAAGGCUCUGUUUCUGAGCAGGUGCUUCCUCUCCAAAUCAGCUGUUAGAUGAAUCCGGGACUACAAGGCCAAGUGGAUCUGUAAACAUCAGAACAUUUCCAGCUUGUAGGCUUCCCUACCACCGCACCCCUCCAUCCCUCUCCGCUUCCCUUUCUCCCUGCGCAGACGAGCAGCUGUUCUGCCUCUCCGGCUGAAUGGCGAGCCCCAGGAGAGAGCGGAGGGAGGAGGGACGCAGGAGAGCGGAUGAGUGCGACCAGACACCUAAGGUCAGGGUUCAGGCCUGCAUGCGCCGCGGUUCUUUGUGUAAAACCACGAUGCUGCGUCUGACUGCAGGACGAGUGAGGACACUGUUGUCCAGACAAGCGAUGGCAGCUCUCAGCACCAGCAGUGCCAGGAUGGCCAGCCACGGGCAUGAAGUGUCGGAGCAGGCAGACAUUUCUCUCCCCUACUUUGAUCGCCUGGAUACCCCUCUGCCAGACCGACCAUACCAGGACAGCCUUAGUGCUGCUGAGAAGAGUCUGAAGCAGAAGGAGAAGGGACCCUGGACCAGUCUUUCAAAUGAAGAAAAACUUGCCUUAUACAGGAUUAUGUUUAAAGAGACAUAUGCAGAGAUGAAGAGGCCAACUGGUGAGUGGAAGACUGUGGUCGCUGGAAUUCUGUUCUUUAUGGGCGCAACCGGUCUGGUGGUGCUCUGGCAGCGAUAUUAUGUGUAUCCGCCUCAUCCUCCUUCCUUUGAUGAAGAGUGGCAGGCCAAGCAGGUGAAGAGGAUGCUGGACAUGCGUAUAAACCCAGUGGAAGGGUUCUCUUCUAAAUGGGACUAUGAGAAGGGCCAGUGGAAAUAGGGGCAUGAAGGGCUAUUGGUUAUAACCUUUUUGGUACAUAUUGCACUAAUGAUCACUAAUGAUACGAUAAAGCCCGUCCCAAACAUCCAGCACUUACCGUCCUUUUCAAAUAAAGAUUUUGACUCCGUUAA